GCAGUCGAGCUCCAUCCGCGCUUCUGCUUGGUCCUCCCAGCCAUGGCCGUGAUGACCGAAGUGUUGAUGAUCGCCGCGCUGGCCGGCACCGCCAUGCUGCUGGCGCGCUUCCUCCUCGGCUACCUGCACUUCAGGAAGCUGGAGAUGGCCAUCCCCGGGCCGCCCUCGCUGCCGCUCCUCGGCAACGCACUGGACUUCAUGAGGGCAACCCCGGAUACGAUCAUGCAGACCCUACUUGAGUUGACCAAAGGUUGUAGAAAAAUGAGCCGCUUGUCAAUCUUUAGUCACAUGAUUAUCGCUAUCCAAGACCCCUCGGAAAUCAAAGAGGUCAUGCGUCGCCAUGAGUUUGGAAACAAGGCCUUCUUUCUCUACCGCCUCCUCGAAGCCACAGCAAAGAAGGGACUCGUGCAGCUGAGUGGCGCCGAGUGGAAGGCGCACCGUAAGUGGCUGGCCCCUGGCUUCAACCAGAACGUCCUGGACCGUUUAGUGACCAUCUUCUGCGAAGAGGCCAACGGCUUUGUGGACCGCGUAGUCACUGACAAAGAGGUCGACGUGUUAGACAACCUGAGGAAAGCACUCAUGCGGGAUUUCCUCCGGACGUCCAUGACUGCCGAGGGCUCGCAGUUCGACGAUGACCUCAUGGAAGCCGUCGAGGCCAUCAAAGUGUUCAUGUACUCUGUUAACGCCCGCGCCUUCAACCCCCUGCUGUGGCCUGACCAGAUAUUCGCGUUGACUUCGCUGGGGAGGAAGUCGAGCAGGAUGAUGGGCAGAUUUGAUUUGAUGGUCAAAAGGCUCCUUGCGGAGAAGCGGAAGCAACUUGGAAACAAGGAGAGCAACCACGACUUCGAGCGGGCACGGAAAACGCUCGUGGACAUCAUGCUGGAAACACCCGACGUCGACGACGGCAAGCACAUGACGGAGCAGGACAUCGUGGACGAGUUUAAAACCUUCAUGGUCGCAAACGUGGAGACAUCGAUGUUCGUGCUGAGCAUGGCGCUCAAGGUGUUGUCCUUGAUGCCGGACGUCCAGCAGCUCGCCUACUCCGAAGCAGUCUCCGUUCUCGGCGACAGGGAUGUCACUUGCGUGGAUCUGUCAAAACUGUGUCACUGGCAGACUGUGUCACUGGUAGACAGUGUGACUGUUUCACUGGCGGCCUGUGUGACCGUGUCACUGCACUGGCAGAGACUGUGUGACUGUGUCACUGGCAGAGACUGCGUGACUGUGUCACUGGUGGACUGUAUGACUGUGUCACUGGCAGACUGUGUGAUUGUAUCACUGGCAGACAGUGUGACUGUAUCACUGGCAGACUGUAUCACUGGCAGACUACUGUGUGACUGUGUCACUGGCAGACUGUGUGACUGUGUCACUGGCAGAAUGUGUGACUAUGUCUCUGUCAGACUGCGUGACUGUGUCACUGGCUGA